GCCCUUCAGAACGUCACGGUCGGCGACGUCAUCUCAGCCAUGGGAUCUGAAGCCCAUAGUCACGAAGCACUGUCGCGGCAGACGCAUCUGGCAAUCCUGAUCAACGGACGAUGGCAGCCAGAAGAGCAGCCAGUCGACUGGUGCGACAGCAUGCUCGAAGACACGUGCGAGGACUUGGAGAGCAGAGACCACUCGAUUCGCGACUCCGAACAGGCGGACUUCGAGGACGGGUUCGACGACUGGGACUGGGUCGACAGUGAGAUGCAGCGCGAAGCCGAGGAAGAUGCGCGUGAGAGAGUACAGUGGAGCAAAGAAAUGGAAAUCCAGAAUGAAUACCGCCAGCGUCUCGCCAACAUGACGGUGAAGUACCUGAACAUGCAAGGUAGCGAAAUCCACACCUCGAAGCCUUAUCCACUCUGCCAUGUCGAACCGUGCGAGUCUUUCCGGGAAGCCUGGCUGCACACUUUGCACGAAGGAAACAGCCCAGAUCGCCGUCUCUCCCUGCGCCAACUACGUCUCAGACGACAAGAAAUUAAGAAGCCUAUCCCGGCGGAAACGCUGCAAUAUCGCAGCGCCAGGGAAGUCUUGCUUCACGAUUUGGACAGCGGUCCUGCAGGACCCAUCCCCCUCGACACCACGAAGCUGGUCUUGGGCGGGGGCGUGAUCACAGACACCUGGAGCUGGCGUGAACUGUUGGGUCACAGCUUGAGCAACGACGUCGUGCACGUGCAAGUUGUCUACAUCUCAGAGAAAGCCACAGGUGCAAAAUCUGAGGAUUCAGGAUUCGUUGCCAUGGCCCCUUGUCAUCGGUGCGGCUUCGGGACAAGGAGCGGCAGAGGACAGGGAUGGUGCAGCAAUCCGCAGUGCCGCCAAGCCGAAAAAGAGGAGUGCCUGGCCCAGAAGAGCGCAGAGAAAAUUGUUUGGCAGCAACAACGGGCAGCGCAGGGAGCGGGCAGUCGUGGACCCUUGCGCGAAGAGAACAGCAGAAAGGCAGAGCGCCGACAGCUGCAUGAGGAAAGGGCGCGGGCAAAGGCAGAGGAGGAAGCAGGCGGCCGUGGACCUUUGCGUGAAGAAGACAGCAAAGAAGCAGAGCGCCGACAGCUGCGUGAGGCAAGGGCGCGGGCAAAGGCAGAGGAGGAAGCGGGCGGCCGUGGACCUUUGCGGGAAGAAGACAGCAAAGAAGCAGAGCGCCGACAGCUGCAUGAGGCAAGGGCGCGGGCAAAGGCAGAGGAGGAAGCGGGCGGCCGUGGACCUUUGCGGGAAGAAGACGGCAAAAGGGAAGAGCGCCGACAGCUGCGUGAGGCAAGGGCACGGGCAAAGGCAGAGGAGGAAGCGGGCGGCCGUGGACCUUUGCGGGAAGAAGACAGCAAAGAAGCAGAGCGCCGACAGCUGCGUGAGGCAAGGGAGCGGGCAAAGGCAGAGGAGGAAGCGGGCGGCCGUGGACCUUUGCGGGAAGAAGACGGCAAAAGGGAAGAGCGCCGACAGCUGCGUGAGGCAAGGGCGCGGGCAAAGUCAGAGGAGGAAGCGGGCGGCCGUGGACCUUUGCGGGAAGAAGACAGCAAAGAAGCAGAGCGCCGACAGCUGCGUGAGGCAAGGGAGCGGGCAAAGGCAGAGGAGGGAGUGGGCGGCCGAGGGCCCAGGCCUUGA